UAUAAGUGAUCGUAUUAGUGCCUCUGCUGUUGGCUGUUCAUAUUUAUUAGACUUUUUUGCCAUCGGCCGGGCGACGGCCCUCCGUUGAACGGCCGUUCUGGACUUUUCCAGAACGCACAGAUUGCCAAUCCGUCCCUGGGUGAAGUAGUUGACUGCGUAGAUCUUGUAGUUAUGACCCUCUGGAAGAGUGGAGGCGAGCUUCAUCACAAUAUCACCUGAUAGUCCAAGUUCAGAUUUGGCUUGUCGUAUUCCAUUGACACUCCCUUGGUACACAUCAAAGUCACAGAGCAUGGCAGAGAUUCCAGUUCUCACCCACAGUUUGAACCCCCAUGGGUGUGGCUUGCCGGGCAUAUAUUGCUUGAUGUUACUGAAUCUCCCCUUGAAAGGAAUCAUCAUUUCAUCCACAGAGUUGUGCUCUUCGGGUACCACCUGCAGGCAUCUCUCCCUGAAUGAAUUCAGCCAUGGUCUGAGUUUCCAGAGUUUGUCCUUCUUUUCCAUCUCUGACACAGUCAAGUUGUUUACAAAGUGUAGUGAAGUCAACAGAGAUUGGAAUCUGUUGCGGGACAUCACAUCAGAAACAGGAGUGUACCGUGUGUCUGUCUCCCAAUACAUGCGGACUCCAGGCAUUUGCAUUAGGCCCAUCUUCAGGCAAACAGAUCUCCACAGACAAAGGACUCUCCACAUACAAACACAUCUCAAAACAAAGAGGAAUCUUCACAGACAGACAAAUCACCACUAACAGAUUUGAUUGAAAAUACAGAAGACAUGAUGAGUAAAGCUCGUGGCUCCGUAGAGAACAGCAUUCCUGACCAAAUGACUGAAGAUUCUAAAGCUGAUGACGAAGCGAAGAAACCUACCCAUAUUCAAAAGCUGAUUACAAAAGAACCACUAAAGGCAAACAGAUCUCCACAGACAAAGGACUCUCCACAUACAAACACAUCUCAAAACAAAGAGGAAUCUCCACAGACAGACAAAUCACCACAAAGAGAGGAAUCUCCUCAAACCGGCGAAUCUAAUCAAACAGACAAAUUUAAUCAAACAGGCGAAUGUAAUCAAACAGGCAAAUCUCCUCAAACAGGCGAAUCUAAUCAAACAGGUGAAUCUCCUCAAGCAGGUAAAUCAUCACCAAUACAGGAAUCUCCAGAGACAGACAAAUCACCACAAACAGGCGAAUCUCCACAGACAGAAAAAUCACCACGAUCAGACGAAUCUCCUCAAACAGGCGAAUCUCCAAAGAAAGACAAAUCACCACAAUCAGACGAAUCUCCUCAAACAAGCGAAUCUCCUAAAACAGGCGAAUCUCCACAAACAGACAAAUCUCCACAGACAGAAGAAUCCCCACAAUCAGACGAAUCUCAUCUAACAGGCAAAUCUCCAAAGACAGAAGAAUCACCACAAUCAGACAAAUCUCCUCAAACAGGUGAAUCUCCACGGACAGACGAAUCACCACAAGCAGACAAAUCUCCUCAAACAGGCGAAUCUCCAAAGACAGAAGAAUCACCACAAUCAGACAAAUCUCCUCAAACAGGUGAAUCUCCACGGACAGACGAAUCACCACAAUCAGACGAAUCUCCUCAAACAGGAGAAUCUCCAAAGACAGAAGAAUCACCACAAUCAGACAAAUCUCCUCAAACAGGUGAAUCUCCACGGACAGACGAAUCACCACAAUCAGACGAAUCUCCUCAAACAGGAGAAUCUCCAAAGACAGAAGAAUCACCACAAUCAGACAAAUCUCCUCAAACAGGUGAAUCUCCACGGACAGACGAAUCACCACAAUCAGACGAAUCUCCUCAAACAGGAGAAUCUCCAAAGACAGAAGAAUCACCACAAUCAGACAAAUCUCCUCAAACAGGCGAAUCUCCAAAGACAGAAGAAUCACCACAAUCAGACAAAUCUCCUCAAACAGGUGAAUCUCCACGGACAGACGAAUCACCACAAUCAGACGAAUCUCCUCAAACAGGAGAAUCUCCAAAGACAGAAGAAUCACCACAAUCAGACGAAUCUCCUCAAACAGGAGAAUCUCCACAGACAGAAAAAUCACCACGAUCAGACGAAUCUCCUCAAACAGGCGAAUCUCCAAAGAAAGACAAAUCACCACAAUCAGACGAAUCUCCUCAAACAAGCGAAUCUCCUAAAACAGGCGAAUCUCCACAAACAGACAAAUCUCCACAGACAGAAGAAUCCCCACAAUCAGACGAAUCUCAUCUAACAGGCAAAUCUCCAAAGACAGAAGAAUCACCACAAUCAGACAAAUCUCCUCAAACAGGUGAAUCUCCACGGACAGACGAAUCACCACAAUCAGACGAAUCUCCUCAAACAGGCGAAUCUCCAAAGACAGAAGAAUCACCACAAUCAGACAAAUCUCCUCAAACAGGUGAAUCUCCACGGACAGACGAAUCACCACAAUCAGACGAAUCUCCUCAAACAGGUGAAUCUCCAAAGACAGAAGAAUCACCACAAUCAGACAAAUCUCCUCAAACAGGUGAAUCUCCACGGACAGACGAAUCACCACAAGCAGACAAAUCUCCUCAAACAGGCGAAUCUCCAAAGACAGAAGAAUCACCACAAUCAGACAAAUCUCCUCAAACAGGUGAAUCUCCACGGACAGACGAAUCACCACAAUCAGACGAAUCUCCUCAAACAGGCAAAUCUCCAAAGACAGAAGAAUCACCACAAUCAGACAAAUCUCCUCAAACAGGUGAAUCUCCACGGACAGACGAAUCACCACAAUCAGACGAAUCUCCUCAAACAGGCAAAUCUCCAAAGACAGAAGAAUCACCACAAUCAGACAAAUCUCCUCAAACAGGCGAAUCUAAUCAAACAGGUGAAUCUCCUCAAGCAGGUAAAUCAUCACCAAUACAGGAAUCUCCAGAGACAGACAAAUCACCACAAACAGGCGAAUCUCCACAGACAGAAAAAUCACCACGAUCAGACGAAUCUCCUCAAACAGGCGAAUCUCCAAAGAAAGACAAAUCACCACAAUCAGACGAAUCUCCUCAAACAAGCGAAUCUCCUAAAACAGGCGAAUCUCCACAAACAGACAAAUCUCCACAGACAGAAGAAUCCCCACAAUCAGACGAAUCUCAUCUAACAGGCAAAUCUCCAAAGACAGAAGAAUCACCACAAUCAGACAAAUCUCCUCAAACAGGUGAAUCUCCACGGACAGACGAAUCACCACAAUCAGACGAAUCUCCUCAAACAGGUGAAUCUCCAAAGACAGAAGAAUCACCACAAUCAGACAAAUCUCCUCAAACAGGUGAAUCUCCACGGACAGACGAAUCACCACAAGCAGACAAAUCUCCUCAAACAGGCGAAUCUCCAAAGACAGAAGAAUCACCACAAUCAGACAAAUCUCCUCAAACAGGUGAAUCUCCACGGACAGACGAAUCACCACAAUCAGACGAAUCUCCUCAAACAGGCAAAUCUCCAAAGACAGAAGAAUCACCACAAUCAGACAAAUCUCCUCAAACAGGUGAAUCUCCACGGACAGACGAAUCACCACAAUCAGACGAAUCUCCUCAAACAGGCAAAUCUCCAAAGACAGAAGAAUCACCACAAUCAGACAAAUCUCCUCAAACAGGCGAAUCUAAUCAAACAGGUGAAUCUCCUCAAGCAGGUAAAUCAUCACCAAUACAGGAAUCUCCAGAGACAGACAAAUCACCACAAACAGGCGAAUCUCCACAGACAGAAAAAUCACCACGAUCAGACGAAUCUCCUCAAACAGGCGAAUCUCCAAAGAAAGACAAAUCACCACAAUCAGACGAAUCUCCUCAAACAAGCGAAUCUCCUAAAACAGGCGAAUCUCCACAAACAGACAAAUCUCCACAGACAGAAGAAUCCCCACAAUCAGACGAAUCUCAUCUAACAGGCAAAUCUCCAAAGACAGAAGAAUCACCACAAUCAGACAAAUCUCCUCAAACAGGUGAAUCUCCACGGACAGACGAAUCACCACAAUCAGACGAAUCUCCUCAAACAGGUGAAUCUCCAAAGACAGAAGAAUCACCACAAUCAGACAAAUCUCCUCAAACAGGUGAAUCUCCACGGACAGACGAAUCACCACAAGCAGACAAAUCUCCUCAAACAGGCGAAUCUCCAAAGACAGAAGAAUCACCACAAUCAGACAAAUCUCCUCAAACAGGUGAAUCUCCACAGACAGACGAAUUACCACAAUCAGACGAAUCUCCUCAAACAGGAGAAUCUCCAAAGACAGAAGAAUCACCACAAUCAGACAAAUCUCCUCAAACAGGUGAAUCUCCACGGACAGACGAAUCACCACAAUCAGACGAAUCUCCUCAAACAGGAGAAUCUCCAAAGACAGAAGAAUCACCACAAUCAGACAAAUCUCCUCAAACAGGUGAAUCUCCAUGGACAGACGAAUCACCACAAUCAGACGAAUCUCCUCAAACAGGAGAAUCUCCAAAGACAGAAGAAUCACCACAAUCAGACAAAUCUCCUCAAACAGGCGAAUCUCCAAAGACAGAAGAAUCACCACAAUCAGACAAAUCUCCUCAAACAGGUGAAUCUCCACGGACAGACGAAUCACCACAAUCAGACGAAUCUCCUCAAACAGGAGAAUCUCCAAAGACAGAAGAAUCACCACAAUCAGACAAAUCUCCUCAAACAGGUGAAUCUCCACGGACAGACAAAUCACCGCAAUCAGACGAAUCUCAUCAAACAGGAGAAUCUCCAAAGACAGAAGAAUCACCACAAUCAGACAAAUCUCCUCAAACAGGUGAAUCUCCACGGACAGACGAAUCACCACAAUCAGACAAUUCUCCUCAAACAGGCGAAUCUCCUCAAACAGUGGAAUCUCCAGGGACAGGCGAAUCUCCUCAAACAGGUGAAUCUCCACAGAAAGAGGAAUCUCCACAGACAGACAAAUCACUACAAACAGGGGAGGUUUAA